UCGCCGGUGACGUGGCUGUUGAGGAAGCUCUUCCCGGUCGCUGUGCCAGGCUCGUUGGCUCCGGUCUCCUCUAUUCACUGGAGAUACCUGUGCCAAAAAAAACCCCCCAAUAGAUACCUGUACUAGCAAACAAAGAGCCCGGCGGUUUGUAGUUUUGUGUGUUUUAAAAGAGGUAGCCGGUUGAAUCAGCCGCUGACUGCUGCCAGCCAUGGAGACGUAUGGCAAUUCGCACAAGAAACAGAAGAUAACCAACGCUGCUGAGAACUGGGGAAUGCAACGUGCAACUAAUGUCACCUAUCAAGCUCAUCAUGUCAGCCGAAACAAGCGUGGGCAGGUUGUGGGCACAAGAGGAGGGUUCAGAGGAUGCACCGUUUGGCUGAGUGGUUUGUCUGGUGCAGGGAAGACCACAGUGAGCAUGGCUCUGGAGGAGUACCUGGUGUGUCAUGGUAUCCCCUGCUACACACUGGAUGGGGACAACAUCCGUCAAGGGCUGAACAAAAACCUAGGCUUCAGCCCAGAGGACCGUGAAGAGAACAUUAGGCGCAUUGCUGAGGUGGCCAGGCUUUUUGCUGAUGCUGGUCUGGUCUGCAUCGCCAGCUUCAUCUCACCCUACAGCAGGGAUCGCCUCAAUGCCAGGAAGAUCCAUGAGGCUGCAGGGCUGCCUUUCUUUGAGGUGUUUGUGGAUGCUCCACUGGAUGUCUGUGAGCAGAGGGAUGUGAAGGGGCUGUACAAGAGAGCCCGAGCAGGGGAGAUAAGAGGUUUCACUGGAAUUGACUCAGAGUAUGAGAAGCCAGAGGCUCCAGAGCUGGUGCUGAAGACAGACUCCUGCAGUGUGAAUGAGUGCAUACAACAGCUUAUUGACCUGCUUCAGGAGAGGGAUAUAGUUCCUGUUGAUGCAUCUUAUGAAGUGAAAGAGCUGUACGUUCAGGAGAAUAAACUGGACCUGGCUAAGGCUGAUGCAGAGACUCUGCCUGCCGUACAGAUCGGGAAGGUGGACAUGCAGUGGGUGCAGGUGCUUGCUGAAGGCUGGGCCACUCCUCUGAAUGGCUUUAUGAGAGAGAGAGAGUAUUUGCAAUGUCUUCAUUUUGACUGUCUGCUGGAUGGUGGCGUCAUCAACCUGUCAGUGCCUGUGGUGCUGCCAGUGUCUACUGCAGAUAAAGAGCGUUUAGAUGGCGUGACAGCUAUAGCUUUGGUCUAUGAGGGCAGACGAGCGGCCAUCCUUCGCAACCCAGAGUUUUAUGAACACCGCAAAGAAGAGCGAUGUGCUCGCCAGUGGGGCACCACCUGCAAGGACCACCCCUACAUCAAGAUGGUGAUGGAAAGUGGGGACUGGCUGGUCGGGGGAGACCUGCAGGUUCUGGACAAGAUCUGCUGGAAAGAUGGACUCGAUCAGUACCGACUGACGCCCACUGAGCUCAAACAGAAGUUUAAAGAAAUGAAUGCAGAUGCUGUAUUUGCCUUCCAGCUCCGCAACCCAGUCCACAACGGCCAUGCUCUUCUGAUGCAGGACACCCACAAGCGCCUCAUCGAACGAGGCUACCGCCGGCCUGUUCUGCUGCUACACCCACUGGGAGGUUGGACCAAGGACGAUGAUGUGCCGCUGCCCUGGCGAAUGAAGCAGCAUGCCGCAGUGCUGGAGGAGGGCGUCCUGAAUCCAGACUCUACCAUUGUAGCUAUCUUUCCUUCACCCAUGAUGUAUGCCGGGCCAACUGAGGUUCAGUGGCAUUGCAGAGCUCGAAUGGUGGCUGGAGCCAACUUCUACAUUGUGGGCCGUGACCCUGCAGGCAUGCCCCACCCUGACACAGGAAAGGACCUGUACGAGCCCACUCAUGGGGCCAAGGUCCUUACCAUGGCUCCAGGCCUUAUCACACUGGAGAUUGUACCCUUUAAGGUCGCUGCUUACAACAAGGUCAAAAGAGCAAUGGACUUUUAUGAUCCAAAAAACCUGCUGGCGUUGCAGCGCUGCUCUCCUUUAGGACAGCCGGCUCUACAGUGCAGAAUUUUGCUCGCAUAUCCAUCAAGAUUAUGAUUUCAUCUCAGGCACACGUAUGCGCAAGAUGGCUCGCGAGGGAGAGAAUCCUCCUGAUGGCUUCAUGGCGCCGAAGGCUUGGGCUGUGCUGAAAGAAUACUAUAAAUCACUGGAGAAGGCCUAAAGGUUGAGUCUCAGAUGAAAAAACAUGGGAACACAUCGGUUUCUACUGAUGUUUAAAAUGACGAAUGUGGGGGACCACUCAUCUGCUAUCAAAAACCACACUCUGGCUUCUGUCUGUGUCACUUGUACAAUCAACCAUCAGUCAUGAAACUGGUCUCAGUUGUUUUUAGUCUUGUAAUAGUUGUUUUAACCGUAUGUACUUUUAUUUAACUAAAGUUACUCUGACUGUAAAAUAUAGUAGGAGAGGUCAGUACUGAUAGUUGGCAUUUCAAAAUAACAAACAAAACAGUUUAUUCAAAGUAGAUGUUUGUGUUUCUCACUAACUUUAUAACUCUAUAUUCUGAUGACUGGUUACAAAAAUAUUGUGUAAAAAUUUAAAGAUCAAGACUUGUAUGGAACGUACUGUUGACCAGUACUUAAAUAGGCGCGAAUGAAUGUUAAGUAUUCGUGAUGUUCAAACUUAAAAAAUUACUGCACCUGCUAGAGUUCACUUAACUCACUACUGAAACCCAACCAAGUUGCUUUGUACUGUAUGUUUUUGCAAGUGGUGGUGGGAAUUGCUCAGAAUUUGGUGUACACAAGUAUAUGAUGUAAAAGUUGAGUGCCUUGGUCUUCAGAAAGUGAAUUCACAUUGUCUUGUUUGAAUUAGGACACACACCUGCUUCUUUUCCCACUUGUCUUAAUGUUACACUGAAACAGUCCAGUAGUUCAAGAAAUGGUCUGCAAAACAGAUCAGCAUUAAAGAUGUUUUUAAUGGAAUAUGCAACCCUACCCUUCCUUAACUCCUCGGAAAAACUUUUAACAUUAUUUUUGGUCAUAUUUAGUGUAUUUAUUUUGUCCUAACAUUGCAAUGUUUUCUCUUUUUAACAGUGUUGUGCAUGUAGUGUUGGUGCUUAAUGGUUGAUUCUUAACAGUCUUGAUAUUUUGUUACAUUUUCAUCAUUUGUAUUUUUUUUCCCCUCAUGGGUUGCUAAUAUUUUCCAUGUGGUAAAAGUUGGCCCGUAUAAACAAAUGGUUGAUGGUUACCAUCAAGGGAUCAGAUUUGUAAUCUUCCUUGUCCAAUAAACCAUUUUUAGCAAAAAGAA